GAAAAGUGAGAGAGUGAGAAAGUAAGAAAGUUUCGAGUGAGGUUAACGAGGUGGAAGAAGAGGACCAGAUAAAAAGGAGGAGGAGGACCGGAGGAAAGGACGAGCUGGAGGGAAGGAUCAAGGCGGCGUCUGGAGGAAAGAUUCGAUGUUGUAGAGGAAUGGGAGGUGGUGUCGGCCAGCAGUGAGCGGCCAUGUCCGCGGCGUCGCUGGCUUCCUUCGUGAUCGGCAAGCUGACGACCCCCGAGCCGAGGACAGGUGACGCGAGUGACAUGAGCGGCCGCGGCCAGCCCUCCCCGACGCCCCGCCUGACCACAGUGUGGCGCCCCAAGUCCAUCCUUUACGAUAUCCCCGACACCAACCAGCCCUUCAAAAGUGACGGUUCUCUCUUACGGCUUCUUCGCUCCAAGUCCAUGCCGAUGCUCGGCCGUGAGGGCACCCCUCCCCCAGGCCGCCAGGCAGCGCCUCCGCAGAGCCGCCCCCCACCCAGGAGCGAAUCGCCGUCGCCUGUGCGCUGUGCCGCCAUUCGCGGCGCCAAUACGCAGAGUAGCGGCCACAUCAGUGACGCCUCAGAGUCCACGGUAGCCUCCCUGGCCACGCCACCCCCCACCCCACGCUCCCCCUCCCCGAGUGGGCAGCGACGUACCCGAUCACACUCAGACGGUCACUUGUGGCAGCGGCGGAAGCAGCAGAUGAGGAAGGACACGCAGAAGUCGGCCGUCGUCCUUCCUUCAGUUAAGGACCUCCGAGGAAAGUUUGAAAGCAAUCCCACGCCCCAGCAGGGAGACGAACAGCCCACCGGACAAGGACAACCUGCCGGCGAGGCUGCCGAGGAGAGCCUCAAGGCGGGCAUUGGUCCUGACAGACGGUGGGUGAGCCGCCACAACAGCCUGCUGCUGCGGGAGCCCAGGAGCCCGGAGCGGCGGAAACCCCCGAAGCCUGCCGUCACGGCUGCAUCCGUCAGGAAGCGGCUCCAGGAAUACGAAGAUUCACCACAGCACGUGGACGAGGCCAGUGAAGUGUUUAUGAUGACCGACCAGCAGGACCUCCGCGGCAAGUCCCGCAGCGAGGCCAGCCUUAAGACCGCCAGGCCGGAGGCAGAAUCCGGCGUAGUGAUGCGCCGCACGUCCGACCACGCGGCACGGAUGCGAAAGAAGAACCAUCGGCGGUCUAAGAGCGAGCCUGACGCCUCCUCUGUGCUGCGCUACCACGCCCAGAGCUCCCCGCCCAGCGUCAAGAAGCUCAAAAUGCUAUUUGAGAGGGAGGCCACGCAAGACAGCGGUCGCGAGCCUCCACCCCUCAGCCCCAGGAGGACGCUGCGAGAGACAACCCCCGAGGCGCCACGAACACAAAUAUUCAUCAAACUCUCCCAGGAGGAGGCCGUGGUACAAGUGGGGGUGGCGGCCACCGCUGUGCCGGUCAAGACCCCGCCAAUGGAGCACCCGGAGCGCGUGCUUCCCGCCGGGACACCCUCCGUCAGGAGUCUGCGGCAGCGCUUCGAGGCCGGAGCCUCAGGCCAGUCCUUCAUGUCCACUGAGAAGGUGACAACCACGAGGACGAGCCGCACCGUCAUCCAGACCCUCAGGACGCCCUUCGAGAGGCCGUUGCCCCGCCAGGCCAGGAGCGUGUCCCCUGAGAAGGAGCAGCGCGGCUCCCUCACCAGGAUGUCCAGCGCCUCCGUCAAAAACCUCCAGAUGCAGUUUGAGCCUCCGCUCAGCCCCGUUGAGGACGCCCCACCCCUCCCACUGACUCCGCCGCCGAUCCACGCCGCGGCCAAGGGCAAGGUCACUCCCAAUGUUGAGAAGAACUCCAGGCGGUGGCUGCAGCGGCAAUCGAGGACCAGCAGCUCCUCGUCCUCAUCCUCGUCCUCGUCCUCGAGUGAUGACGAGAAGGAUGACAACAAGCGACGGCAAAGAGAACUCGAGAAGAAGAGAAAAGAAGAGGAGAAGGCGAAGAAAAAGCAAAGAUUUGAGCAAGAAGAGAGAGAGAAAAAGAAAAAGCUAGAGCAAGAAAAGGCAGAGAAGGAAAGAAUCGCGAAGGAAAAGGAGAGAAUCGCUAAAGAAGAAAAGGAGAGGAAGGAAAGAGAAGAGAGGGAGAGGAGAGCAAGGGAAGAAAUGGAAAAGAAGGAGAGAGAAGAAAAGAUAAGAAAGGAAAGAGAGGAGAAGGAGAAGAAGGAAAGAGAAGAAAAGGAGAGAAGGGAAAAAGAAGAAAGGAUAAGGAAGGAGAAGGAAAGACAGGAAAAGGAAAGGAAGGAACGAGAAGAAAAGGCCAAGCAGGACUCCAAGCGACGGUCGAGGACCAGCAGAUCAUCGUCCUCGUCCUCGUCUUCGAGUGAUGACGAGAAGGAUGAAGACAAGCGGCGGGAAAAGGCAGAGAAGGAAAGAAUUGCGAAGGAAAAGGAGAGAAUCGCUAAGGAGGAAAAGGAGAGGAAGGAAAGGGAAGAAAAGGAGAGGAAGGCAAGAGAAGAAAAGGAAAGAAAGGAGAGAGAGGAGAUGGAGAGGAAGGAGCGAGAAGAAAAGGAGAGGAAGGAAAGAGAAGAGAAGGAGAGAAAGGAAAGAGAAGAGAAAGAGAGGAAGGAAAGAGAAGAAAAGAUAAGGAAGGAAAGAGAGGAGAAGGAGAGGAUGGAAAGAGAGGAGAAGGAAAGAAAGGAAAAAGAGAAAGGGAGUAAGGAAAGGGAGGAAAAGAAAAGGAAGGAGAGGGAAGAAAAAGAAAAGAAGGAGAAAGAAGAAAAGGAAAGGAUGGAGAGAGAAAAAGUGGAAAAAGAAAAGAAAAAAGAGGAAAAGGCUGAGAAGGACUCCAAGUGGUUCCCGUGGCGCAAGUCGAGGACCAGCAGCUCCUCGUCCUCGUCCUCGUCCUCGAGUGAUGAUGAUGAGAAGGAUGACAAGAAGCGGCGGGAAAAGGAGAUGAAGAGGAAGAAAAAAGAAGAGAAGGCGAAGGAGAAGCAGAGGAUUGAGCAGGAGAAGCGAGAAAAAAAGAAAAGGUUAGAGGAAGAAAAGGCAGAGAAGGAAAGAAUCGCGAAGGAGAAAGAGAAAAUCGCCAAAGAGGAAAAGGAGAGGAAGGAAAGAGAGAAGAAGGAGAAGGAGGAGCGGGAAAAAGCCGAAGAAGAAAGGAAGAAAUGUGAACAGGCAGAGCAGGAACGAAAGGCAAAAGAAGAGGCUGAGAGGAAGAAGGCUCAAGAGGAAGAAGAGAGACGGAAGAAGCGAGAGCGAGAGGAAGCAGAACGCCUCCAAAAAGAAAAGAUGAAGGAAGAGGCGAAAAGGAGGGAGGAGGAUAAGAAAAGGAAGGAGGAACUGAUUAGAAGACUAUCGAGUGAGGAGGUGCCAAAGGAGGUGGAGAUCGUGGAGAACCGAAGGAGCAAAAGUGACAGCAGCAGCAGCAGCAGCAGCAGCGACAGCGACAGCGACGACAAGGGUGCCAAGGUCAAGGCGGGCGAGCGCAAGGUGCACGCGAUGAUCGGCCGCUUCACACAGCCGGGUCGGCGCGCGCCCAGUCCCCCGAGGAACGCCACCAACCCGCCGGGUGGGGCCGCCGCGUCCUCGGAGCAGAACGUGGAGCGACUCAUCGACCAAUUCACCAAUUUGAAGGACGCCGACCUGGAGGGCGAGGCGCGGCGCGGCAAGGUGGCGCUGGAGCUGGCCGCCGACGGAGACGAAGCGGAGGAGCCCCGCGCCUCCGACGUGGCCUCCCUCGUGCAGAAGUUCCGCAAGAUGAACGCGAGGCGGCGGUCGUCGUCGUCGUCUUCCUCGUCAGACAGUGACGGGGGCAGAGCGUCCCCCGAGAAGCCCAAGCCGGCGCCCAUCCCGACGAUCCCCGCCCGCACCACCGUUCCCGGCAAGGUGCGCACCCUCAGGGCCGACGAGCUGCGCUACUUCGAAACCUCGGGCGGCGAGGGCGGCGCCACUGAGCCCUUCAUGCGCACCCAGAGUCUGCGCGGCAAGAGGAGCGAGUCGUCGCCCUUCGCCAGGCCUCGCUUCGGGUCGCUGCGCGGCGGCAAUUCCCGCGUGGCGGUGAUCUCCACCUCCAGCAGCACCAACGCCGCGCUGCCCAAAAACUGCCGCCACCUCAACAAGGACGAGCUGCGCUUCUUCGAGGGCAAAGUGACCAAUAUCUACCGCAGCCGCGCCACCUCGGACAGGGACGGCAAGACCACCAUGGGGGAGGGCAGGCCCCCUGCAGUGCCUCAGGAUAACACCCUUCCGGACUCCGAGGUGUUUUUUCGCUUAGCGGGGCGGGGCGGGCCGGCACCUAAGGGCACCGGCCGCCCCGCCCCUCGCGAGGAUGACUCUGACUCCGACUCUGAGCCGAGCGUCCUCCGCGGCAGCGAGGGACUCACAGACUCUGAGGGGGACCUGUACGAGCUGGACAUCACCCUCAGGAGCGAGACCGACAACGACGACACCUCGGACACGGAGGGGCACGCCCUGGACCACCCCAUGUCCCUGAUUGUGCACUCCAUCCAGGGCAAGCUGCUGCACCCUGUGGACGCCUCCGGGGCAGGGGAGGAGGACACGCGAUGUUACGUGGUGUUCAGUCCCAGCGGCUAUCUCGAGAGCAGCGGCGACGAGGACGACGACUACGCGUACAAGUUCCCCCUUGCCUCGCCGACACUCACAGAGAACGUCCCGACGCCGACUCUCACAGAAAACCGCGGCCCCCCGGUGGUGGCGCUGGACGAAGGGCCUGGCCCCGCAGCCCCGAGUCAGGCCGUGCUGCCCGACCCAGCCGCCAAGGGCACUAAGGCUGAAGCCAAUGAUACACAGCACCUUGAAUCAACACGGACCAACACGCAGCAAAUACUUAAGGCCUCCUCUCAACCCUCCGUGAACAGUCACACAGAAAACGGCGACACUAUUGAUCUAGGGGACACUGAAGGAACCGUGCGCCCCUUGCUGACGCUCGACAACCAGAUGCUGAAGACUGCCACUCUCACGGAAAACAUCAGGAACUCAAAGCCAUUGCUAACCCGUGGCAAGGGCGUGGAGGAGACAGACUCUAGCGACGAGGAUGAGAAGAAAGGGGAGAAGAAGGAUAACGAGAAAGACAUCAAGACUUGGGUAAUGGGGAAGAGUGUGAACGUGGAGGUGGUGGUGGUUAAAAAUGAGGCGAAUACACUUGAAACAAAACAGCCUCGUCCUCUCCUAGACCCAGACGAGAAGGUGGACCACGAUGCCUUGGAAGUCUUCAUGGAGGAGCUGGACAAACUAAACUCUCUGCCGCGCCCCAUCAAGCCGUUGCCCCCCCGCGAGGACCCCAAGACACUCAUGAACGCCAGUGACUCCAGCAGCGACUCCAGCAGCGACGACGAGGAGGGGAAGCGGGAGAAGAAAAAGCAGGAUAAGAAAAAGGAAAGAAAGGAGAAGGUGGAGGUGCAGGAGGUGGUCGUGCUAGCUAAAAAGGGGGCGAAUGCACUUGAAACAACACCGCCUCGCCCACUCGUUGACCCUGACGAGAAGGUGGACCACGAGGCUUUGGAGACCUUCAUGCAGGAGCUGGACAAACUGAACGCCCUGCCGCGCCUCAUUAAGCCGCUGCCACCCCGCGAGGACCCCAAGACGACCAUGAACGCCAGCGACUCCAGCAGCAGCGAUUCCAGUAGCGACGAGUCUAGCAGCGAGGACGAGAAGGAGAAACGGAAGAAGCAGGAUGAGAAAAAGGAGAAGAAGGAGGCUGCAAAGAAAAUGAAGGAGGUGGUCGUGGUGGCUAAAAAGGAGGCGAAUGCGCUUGAAACCAAACAGCCUCGUCCACGCGUAGACCCAGACGACAAGGUGGACGAGGAGGCUUUGGAGGAUUUCUUGGAGGAGCUGGAAAAACUGAACGCCCUGCCGCGGACCAUCAAACCUCCAGCACCCAGCCAGGACCCCAAGACGCCAAUGAACGCCGACGACUCCAGCAGCGACUCCAGCAGCGAUGACGAAAGACUGACUUCCGAGGAAAUAAAGAACAUCGAAAAGCAGAUCAUCCCUGUAGCAUCCUUCCAAGGACUCUCAGUCUCCCCAAUGGCUUCUUCAAGCACCCUCAAGGAUGUAAAGGACUCCGGGAGCCUCUUAAAAGAUUCCAAUACUCUUAAAGCAGCCACGGAGGAAAAGAGGAAAAGCAAGGAAGGAUGUCAUGCCUCUCCUCUUCUUCUUGAGCACUCCAAGAGGCAAGAGGAAGAAGAGAAGAUGGUGAAGGAAAGGAUACAGCAUACUUGUUCCUCUCCUCUUUCUGAACCCCUUGAGAGGAAAGAAAUAGAGAAGGGAAUAGGAAGAAAAAGUGCUGUUCAAAGAGGAGAGACGGGAGAAAGAGAAGAGAACACGGAUAUCAUAAGUGGGAGAGAGUUCAUCAAGUUCUGUGUUUUCUCCGUCUGGUUCGCCGUCAUUAUGUACAUGACUAAGGACCUCCUGAGCUAACCUUCCCUCACCCCAACACUUCAACGCAGCCCCAGAAAUACAAGACAACACAAGACAACACCAUCACCACCAAAAACACCACUACACCAGUACGUUCCUAACACCACUACCAACACAACACCAGUAACACACUACCACAAUCAACAAUCCAGGAAAUUACUGAAGCAAAUUUGAUUCUCCUCCUCCUCCUCCUCCCUUCCAUCCUUCAUCCAUCCCCUUGAAAGUCAAAAAAAUCACACAAAAUUUUAAGCCCUUCCCUCGCCAUCCCUCUUGUCUUUAUCCUUUCCGUUCCCCUCCAAUCUACGAAGACUCGCCACAACACUUAAUGCAUCUGCUACACCUCCUUCUUCCAUCCCUCUUCCAUCCCUCUCCCUUUCAUCUCCCACCAAAGGAGCUGCCUCGUACAGGCCUACCGGCCUCUUGCAGACUCCUGCGUUCUUAUGUUCUUAUGUUCUUAACACAAUUUCGAUGACAACACAAAUCACAAUCAAAACCACCAACACAAUUCCGAUGACAACACAAAUUAACACCACUGCACAGGACAGCACCAACUCACCACCAACACACCAUCACCAACACAACACAAGCAAGACAUUAUAGCCAACGCAACACCACCAACACAACACCACCAGCACAACACCACUAACACAUCACCAUCAACACAGAUUAUUUUCCUUCUGUUUCAAAACUUUCUAUAAUGCAUUGCCGUUGUUACUGUUAUGAGCCUGCGUCCAGGAAAUUACUGAAGCAAAUUUGAUUCUCCUCCUCCUCCUCCUCCCUUCCAUCCUUCAUCCAUCCCCUUGAAAGUCAAAAAAAUCACACAAAAUUUUAAGCCCUUCCCUCGCCAUCCCUCUUGUCUUUAUCCUUUCCGUUCCCCUCCAAUCUACGAAGACUCGCCACAACACUUAAUGCAUCUGCUACACCUCCUUCUUCCAUCCCUCUUCCAUCCCUCUCCCUUUCAUCUCCUUUUCCUCUCCCAUCCCUCUCCCAUCCGUUCCGUCGAAAUCUAAGCAUCGCGCAAAAAUUCUACCAAGCACGAUUUUUUAAAGUUUGUGAAUGUGGCCUUGAAACCCCUCGUUUGCUGGGCUGCGUCGCAAUAUCCCAGCCCGGCAAAUAAAAUGUGUAUAGGAGAAACUGAACAGGAUAUGAACACGGAAAUCACACAAAAAAUAUAUCCAAGGAUAACGAUGAUAGUGAUUGGAGAAGUAAAAAGAUGUAAUGAAUCGCAGCGAAUAUAACAUUGUGUGAUCGUGUGUUUAUUAAAAAAAAGAAUAAAAAGACACCAAUAUAUAAAAUAGGCAAACUUCAAUGCUUCUGAUUAUACGUAAGUGGAAAACAAUUUAUCUAAUGUGCUGGUAUAAAUUGUGCAUAAUUCCUGACUAAUGCCUCUUAGGAAAUAGAGAAAAUUAACUUAAUGCAGUGGAAAGGAUGAGAAAAAAAAGAUUGCCUAGAACGGAUAAAAGUGGAGACAAGUUGAUUAUUGUAAUGGACUUUCAUAAAUAAAUACGACGAAUGAUUCAUGACGGUGUGUUGAUGAAAAGAAAUAUAAUAAAAGAAACAAUAAAACUAAACGAGUAUGAGUACAACGGAGAAAAAGAGUCGAUCAUUUAAUGGACUUAGAGAAAUGAAGAUGAUAAAUGAUUCCUCUUAAUGCAAUACAGAACAAAUAUAGUGGAAAUAAUAUAUCUAGGAAAACUGAUUGGUUGAAAAAAGAAAACUUGUGUGAUUUCGUGCAGGAAAUUACAAACCUGGAAAAAAUAUUAAAACGAGAGUAAUGUUAAUGAUUCCAUGUACUUAACUAAUGAAACAUGUGGAUAAUUCCUGGAUCAGUUUUAAUUAUCGUAUAUACAUUGUUGAUAUAUUUCCUUGUUUCCCUCCUCAGUGCCUGCUUUGUUUUAAGUGUUUCAUUAACAGAUUCUUUAUUUAAUUGUUCUAAGAUAGUCAUUUAUUGUAAGUUGAUUGUUUUAUGAUAUCAAGAAAUCAUCAACGUCCUUUCCGAAUAUUUUUUGUUCAUAUAAUGCUAUGUUUUCCACCUCACUAAUAGGUUGUGUCUUUUUGGUUUCAUGAUCAAAUUCCUACUUUUAAUGUUCCGCCACAGUCUGGUUUUGAGAACAAAUGAAAAAAAAACAAAUUUACUUUUCGUAUUUUUCAUAUAUUACUUUUUAUUCUUCUUUACUGUUCGGUUGGAUUUUACUAGUUUUAUUACCAAAUUAUUUCUUUUCGUGUUCAGCCUCAGUCAUCUGUUCACUUCGUUUUUUGGUCUGAAUUGGAAAAUUGAAAAAAACUUCCUUUAAGUAUUUUUGGUUUAUACUGUUUUGUGUUCCUCUUCACUGUAAAGUUGGUUUAUGCUCUUUUUCAUUCCCAAAGUCCUUUUUUUAAGGUGUUCUACCGCAGCCAUUUCUUCAUUACAUUUUGUUUUUAAAUUAAGAAAGUGAAUCAAUUUAUCCUUUUCGUUUAUUCCUUUAUGAUGUAGUGCUAUAGUUUUUUUUCUCUCUCAAUGGUCAUAUAUAUUUUAUUUGUUUUAUUACUGAAUUCCCUCUUUCUGUGUCCAAUCAUACCACCCAAUCAAUUAUUAUGAUUUUAAUUGUUGCAGAACUGAAUAAACAAUUUAAUCAACUUUUUGCUUUUUCGUGUUCCGAAACUGGGGUUUAGAGUUCACUUCGGCGUUCAAUAAUUUUCCUCUGUUUGUUUGUUUGUUUGUUUGUUCUUGUUCUCUCUUUCCUUUUAUUUUCUUUCCCUCGGUUGGACAUUCCUUCCUGAUAUAGUUUUGAUUAUAAGUUUGCUUCGAGUCACAAGUGUUGCCAGCUCCUGUGUUGCUUACAACUGUUGACAAAAAUAAAUGUUUAUGAAAACUGA